CGGAAGUACCUGGGGGAAAGCCUCGGUGUGGCAGCGGGCGGAAGUGGUGCGCCUACGAGUUGCGAGAUGGUGCAGACACGGAGCGGCAGGCAAACCCAGGGCGGCAAGGUGGAAGCUGGGGAGGAGGCAGAAUCUAGGUUAAGGACACCCGUUAGUCGAAGGAAGACCAGGAGCAGCAGAGUUGAAACUCAGUCAGAAAGCAUUACUGAAUCUCAACCUGAAGAACAAAAAAUUGUUGGAGAGCAACAGAUCGUCCACGCUGAAUCGCAGCCCUGUCCAGAGCAGCCAAUAGAACUGAAUGAUAGGUUGGGAGAGAAUGACCAGUGCUCAGAGAGCAACAUUAUAGAAAGUAAUCCGGAAACAGAAAAGGAAAAGCCAGAUGAAACAGAAAUUCAUGAAAUUAAUCUGAUUGAAAUAGUUGGAGAGACAAGUUUAGAUUAUGAAACCCAAAGUGCCACUCCAGCCACUAUCUGUUUGCUGCUUAGUAGUGAUGAAGACAAAGGAACCUUGGAGGAUGGUGACAAUGACAUGUUGGAAGAAUCCAACACAGAUGUAAUAUCUGGACCUGUUGUUUCAUCUGAACCCUCUGCCAUUCCUCCUGACACAACAGGAAGCCCUUUGGCAAAGGAUAGGGAGCUGUUUGUGAUUGACAAGCAACCCGGAAUAGAUCAAGAUAGAAAAUAUUACUUAGACUUGAGUGAAAAGGAGGAGAGUGGAGAAGAACAGGAGGAAAGCAGUGAAAGUGGAGAAGAACCUGGUGACAGAGAUGAGUCGGAGAAAGAGGGAGAUGAUGAUGAUUUUAUCGAUGAAGAUGAAGACGAAGACGAUGAUAUUUUGAAAACCAAGUCUAGUUUAAUCGAAUCAUCAAGCAGUAUUGAUCCAGGACUAAGUCUGAAGGAACUAGGUGGCCUGUACAUAUGCUUUGAUCCUGACAAGCAGGGCUCCAAUUCUAAAGCCUUUAAAAAGCUAAAGGAGCAAAAGAAAAAUGAUGAGCUGUUGGCAAAUACCAUCCUGACACCAGAAUUUGAAAAACAGGAAUGUGUUCCACCUUUAAAAGAGUCUAUUCGUCAACUGAAGAAAAAGCACCGGGAAGAACGUGCAAAGACAACGGGGGAUGGCUGGUACAACAUGAAGGCUCCUGAUCUAACAGAUGAGUUGAAGAAUGAUCUGAGGGCACUGAAAAUGAGGGCUGCAAUCAAUCCCAAACGUUUCUAUAAGAAGAAUGACCGUGAAGGCUUCCCUAAGUAUUUCCAGGUUGGAAAAGUUCUGGACAACCCAGUAGACUUCUAUCACUCCCGCAUUCCUAAGAAGCAAAGAAAGCGGACAAUGGUGGAGGAGCUUCUGGCAGAUGUUGAAUUCCGACGGUAUAACAAGAAAAAAUAUCAGCAGAUCAUAACAGAGAAGGCAGCGCUUGUUGCAGGCAAAAAGAAUCGCAAGAAGAUGAAAUUUAAAAAAUAAAUUUUGAAGAAAAACUAAACAAGUGCCUCAUUCUAGAUAUUCUUAAAGUCACAAUGAGUCAUUAUGGCAUAGGAGGGCAUUCAGCCCGUCAAAUCCAUGCCGACUCUCUGUGGAGCAGUUCCGUUCCCCUGUUAUAUCCUCGUAUCCCUGCAAAUUUAUUUCCCUCAAGUGCCCUUUUAAUUUCCCAUUGAAAUCAUUUUAUCAUCACUGCUUCUACCACCCUCGUCAGCAUCCGAGUUCCGUGUCAUUACCACUCGCUGCGUAAAAUAGGGAUUCUUCACAUCUCUUGCCCAAAACCUUAAAUCUUUCCACAAAGUCAUAAAUAAAGUGUUUAAACAGUUCUGAGUGCCACCAACUACUCUCUCCUCCCCUAUUCAUAAAUGCAAGUUAGCUUAUUUGGCUAAACACAAUUUAGAGAAUGAAAGAACUGUUCAGCUGUGCUGAGAUAUGUAUCAUGGAAGAUAUUCUAUCUUCAAUGAACCAGUCUAUUUGACAAUUUGAUUUUUAAUCAAAUCAUGUAAUUAUUUAUGAGUUUGUAAAAGUGACUAUGCUUCGUGCAUCUGUGUUCAAUAGGUAUUGAAUGCAGACUUGCAAGAAUAUGAUUCUUAUAAUGUUUACAUAUUGAAGUCCUGAUAACUUUUGUCUGUAUGACUGAAAAUUACAAUUUUUGAGCUAAGAAUGGUUUUUUAAACUUGGCUCGAAUUAGAAAUUGUUUAUUAUACUAUAUUAUGCACCCUCUGAAAUUCAUAAGGAUAAAAUUGUAGUUUCUGAGGUUAUAGUGGAAAAUACUUUCUAAUUUGUACACGUAAAUUAUGUCUAGUUUAACCAAUUGAUAGCUUGCCUACUAGAAGAAAUAAUGCACCUAGCAGAUUUCACCAAGUGGGCUCUUAAUUUUUCUGAUCAUUAAUAAAAAGAUUUAUUUUAUCUUCCUCUCACACUUGUGCUGUUAUACAAGCAAAAUAAAAAUGCCAAAAUGUU